CAUGGGCUCCAGAGACAUUCACGCUCGUUCCAUUCCUCUCUUUCUCUUUCUCUUUCCCUAUUGGAGAUUUGUUUCUUCUUCCUACUUUGUUUUGUAUCAUUCAGCUUCUCAUGUUUUGUAUUUGUUUGGCAUAUCUGGAUUCUAGUGAUAUUUGUGCUGAUUUUCACGUUUUCAAUCCGUAGUAGAUGAUGAUGAUUUGAAAUAUUGUGGUGUGAGGGAGAGUGUCAAUAUGGAUUCUGCAAAGGGUUGGUUUCAGAAGCGGCAAAUGCGUGGAGGAUCGAGAUAUAAAGGUGGUUCCGGUGGUGGUGGUGGAGGUAGUAAUGGCUCUGCCGAUGAGCAACCAAACGUGGAAACUGAUGAAGAAGCUGUCUCUAACACUACCAAGCAGAAAGUUGCAGCUGCUAAACAGUACAUUGAGAAUCAUUACAAAGAGCAGAUGAAGAUUCUUCAAGAGAGGAAAGAAAGGCGAAGCCUGCUAGAGCAGAAGCUGGCAGAUGCUGAUGUUUGUGAAGAAGAUCAAAACAAUCUUCUCAAGUUUCUGGAGAAGAAGGAGACAGAGUACAUGCGCCUUCAGCGCCAUAAGCUAGGCGUUGCUGAUUUUGAUUUGCUUACCAUGAUUGGGAAAGGUGCUUUUGGGGAGGUUAGAAUUUGUAAAGAAAAGACGACAGGUCAAGUUUAUGCAAUGAAAAAGCUCAAGAAGGCCGAGAUGCUUCGUAGAGGCCAGGUCGAACAUGUGAGAGCAGAGAGGAACCUACUUGCGGAAGUGGACAGUAACUACAUUGUUAAGCUUUAUUGUUCAUUUCAAGAUGAUGACCACCUUUACCUUGUGAUGGAGUAUCUUCCUGGUGGAGACAUGAUGACACUGCUGAUGCGCAAAGAUACUUUGACAGAAGAGGAAGCCAAGUUCUAUGUCGCUGAGACAGUUCUUGCUGUCGAGUCCAUCCACAGGCACAAUUACAUCCACAGGGAUAUAAAGCCGGACAACUUGCUUCUUGACAGAUAUGGGCAUCUCAGACUGUCGGAUUUCGGAUUGUGUAAACCGUUGGACUGCAGUGCCAUUGGAGAAAACGAAUUUUCAAACAAUCCGAAUAAUGGAUCUACUACGGAGCAAGAGGGCGGAUCAGGUGCUCCAAAAAGAACACAGCAGGAACAGCUUGAACAUUGGCAGAAGAACAGGAGAAAGCUAGCUUAUUCGACAGUUGGAACACCAGAUUACAUAGCUCCAGAAGUUCUGUUGAAGAAAGGCUACGGAAUGGAGUGUGACUGGUGGUCUCUUGGAGCUAUCAUGUAUGAAAUGCUAGUAGGGUAUCCUCCUUUCUAUGCAGAUGAUCCUAUGUCAACCUGUAGAAAGAUAGUAAACUGGAAAAGUCAUUUGAAGUUUCCAGAGGAAGCAGUCUUGUCAAGGGAAGCAAAAGAUCUGAUCAACAGUCUUUUGUGCAGUGUCAGACGCAGGCUUGGUUCCAAAGGUGCUGAUGAAAUCAAGGCUCAUCCAUGGUUUGAAACUGUUGAUUGGGAUACAAUAUUCGAUAUGGAUGCAGCGUUUGUUCCCGAGGUCAAUGACGAUUUAGACACUCAGAAUUUUGAAAAGUUUGACGAGUCAGAAUCACAAACUGAGACAUCAUCCAAGUCUGGCCCAUGGAGGAAGAUGCUGUCGUCAAAGGACAUAAACUUUGUAGGGUACACGUACAAGAACUUUGAGAUCGUUAAUGAUUACCAAGUUCCUGGAAUGGCGGAGUUAAAGAAGAAGAAUAAGUCGAAGCGACCACCAAUGGUCAAAUCACUCUUCGAUGGUGGAUCAUCAGAGACAUCGGAUUCGCCGGAAGCAACGACGAGAUCGGCUGGUGAUCGACCUCCGCCUAUUCCUCCGGUGGUUCAGGGAAGCUUUUUGAAGCUUCUGCCACCAGAACUUGAAGUCAGGCCUAAGCAGGAAGAAUCUGAAGCUUGCUAAAACAGUAACCAACAAGGUUUAAUUAACUUGUCUUGUUUGGAGUUGAGUUGUGUCCGACCACUCCUGCUUUCAAGACCAACAAAGUCUCAUCUUUGUUGACAUGCAAAUAUACUUUUUUAAAAAUUUGUUUCAUUUUUACAUAAUUGUAGUUUUCUUCAAAGAAAAACCAAGCUGGUUUUGAAUGUGUGUAUAAAACUAUGGAUGCUUGCUUAUAUUUUGUAUAUAUAUAUUGGAUAUUAUUA